AUGGCCCGUUACCAUCACAAUCGUGAACUACCUCAGGAUGCGAUAUUCCCUGUUAAUCUUCGCUUGAACAUUAUCAAGUCCAAGAUUUACAGGGCAUCAUACUCCUUCAGAUCCCUACAGAUUUCAGAAGCCGAACUUCUCAAGGAGGCAUGCGAAUUGAACGAUGCAUUAGAAAAGUGGCGGCUUUCGGUACCUCGGAAAUGGAGGCCGACUUUGUCCAUUUCUCGUGAAACCCCAGACUCCAGUCUGAGUGUUCAAACUGUCAUGCUUCGUCUAAGCUAUUAUCUCUGUGUUACGAUCAUUCAUGCAGCCAUUACUCAAUGUAAAGCUUUAGCUACAGACCGGAGUGAAGUGAUGGACGCAGUAAGAUCGAGUUUAGCUUUUUCCGUUGAAGCCAGUCGCUCUACUCUACUUUACCUGGAAACGGCUGAGCCUGUUCUCAGUGAUGGUCUUUUCUGGACACUCGCCUUCUACCCCAUGACUGCUGUUCUCACAAUAUUUUGCAACAUCCUCCAAAUUCGCUCUGGUGACCAGGCCGUAAAAGAUCUCUGCUUACUUGAGAGAGUAACAGUCAUCAUGGACCGUGUGUCAUUGCGCCAGUCACCCUCCAUCAACGAGAAGACCCACGUGAAAAUGGUAGCCGCUUUUGUGGCUGAAUUGUUCUUGCUAGCGAGGUGUGCGAUUGCGAAAGCCAAUAAUGAGCGGUCAGACAAAUAG